GGGUUGAACCUCUUCAGUUUGAGUGCUCCCGUUUUAUUUACCGUGCCGCCGCUCCCUCUCCUUCCACCACACCAGUGCAGGUACAUGCGACGCAACUUGAAAGAGCCGGAUAGGAAUAUUAUCCACACCGUCAGCGCCCCCACCCCCUAUCACCGGUUCAGUCACGCGUGGCCCGCCCAACUUUCGCCCUUGAGGACGUUUCCAACUCCUGCCGAAAAUCCCCGGGCGGCGCUGAGGAGGGCGAGGCUGCGGCUUCGCUUCCCGCCCGCACUUCUCCCGACUCAGCCCCGCGCGGCGCCCGCCCGCCCGCUGCCGUGCAGCAUCCGCACGGGGGGUGGGUGGAACCCGGUACUGAUCCAGGCCGAGAGUCCCCCCCGGUGUUUCCGCUCACACGAGCCGGCCGCGGAGGAAUGGAUUCCCGCCGUUGAGUCGACCCCACCGAGGCAGUGUGAUGUAUCUCACCCUACGCUGGCGGGUUGCAAGGGCAUGAGACUGCAAAGAGGGCAGGAUUUCAGCGCUGUCUCCCACCUGGACCUGGCCCCUCUUCCACUGCCUGUUGCCUGGUUGCCCGGUGUCCUCAGCAAGGGUGUACGUUUGCGUCUGCGUCUGGAUCGCCGUGAUAACCGAGGGCGAGGCUGCUGGCACCUGGUUGACUUGGACGCGGAGUCAGAGCCAGCUGGGCGGAGACUAAGGAGCCACGACCCUGACACCUGCGCACAAAGUCUGAUGAGUACCCUGUCUGUCGGCUCCGAAAUGCAGACACCAGCUCUUGGCCAACAGUUUAUAGCGGGGCCCCAGGGUAAGGUACCUGGAAGAAAGAGAGGACGCCCUCCCAUCCGUAAGCUAGAGUUCCAGACUCACUAUGUAGAGCCUCUGUCGCCCCUCAAGGUCCCGAAGAAGAGAGGAAGGAAACCUGGCUUUAAGCUGAAGCCCAGAAUGGUGAUGUCCCCACUGGCCAACUCUCCUCCCAGCAGCACACCAGAACCUGAGAUGGGCUCGAUCCCACAGGACGCUGCUAUCGUCCCCCACUCUGCCACGCCACAGGUCCUAACAGCAGAGACACCAAUGCCUGAUGACUUCUUAUGUGACCCACCAGUGGACUCCAAACGCUACGCUGUAGAUCCCAGCGACUCCGCCUUCAACGUCAUGACAUCACAGUACCCAACAAAGCACUCUUAUGGUUAUCGUGGAAGCAGUUGCUCUACUCCAAUGGGCAUGUGCAGACAAGCAUCGAGCCCGGGAAGCUUCCAGGAUGGCAACAGAAAUGGUUACAGCCCAAUGCCAGACUCCGGAGAGUGCAAGCGUCCUGCUGGUAAGGACCCAUCUAGUUGGGGUGUGGAAGAGGUGGUUUGGUUUAUCAAAGAUGCUGACCCCCAAGCCCUGGGACCUCAUGCUGACGCCUUCAGGAAGCAUGAAAUAGAUGGAGACGCUCUGCUCCUGCUGAAAAGUGAGAUGAUGAUGAAGUACCUGGGACUGAAGCUGGGGCCUGCGCUCAAACUCUGUUACCACAUCGACAGGCUUAAACAGAAUCGGUUGUGAUCUUCUGCAGAGGAGUCAAACCCCUGAUGACCGUUCACUAAAACUGAACCGGUGCUGAAUCUCUCAGACUUUCUCAACCAUCAGCAAUAGAUCACGAGCGCCUUUGGAUUUGGUUUGCUUACUUAAUGGCUUUUACUGCGUCUGCACCACAUUUUGUCGACAAAUUGGACAUGUUGACUGUACAUAUUAAGACUAUUUACAACUGAAGCUAUUAUUUCAUUUUCAUCUUUGUUUACUGGAUAUCUGAAUGGCUUUAGAUUGUAAAUAGUUUGGCUCCACACAGAUGGCAGCUACUGUAUAUUGAAAUGUGACCUGUCAUAACUUAACUAUAUCUGACUUUCAGCAGCAUGAAUUGGUGCAGAUCUUAAUCAUGGGCACUGUAUCAACACCUCUUAAGACCUACCAAGACAGGGAUCCUUACAAACGUGUAUGGUGCUUUACCUCAGUAUCAUAUUUAAACUUAAAGAAGUCUUGAUGCUGUCUUUUAAGAUUCUAAACUGACGAUAAGGUUUAUACAGGUAACUCAGACUCUUCAUUAAGUUGAUUUUGAAAUCUUUUGACUGUGAAGAGAAGCUAGUGCAAGCUACUAUUUUCAAAAAUGUCCCAGAGAAUCAAAACAAAGCUGCACUAUUACUGUGCCAUUUUGGGGCACAGCUAUCAAGCCUAAAAGAUUUGUCAGCUGGUAUGGUAGAGGUUUAUCUAAGUCCGUGAUCCUUAGAUCCAUUCUUGAGUAGAUCCAGACAGCAUUAAGCUGGAUGUGUCUUAAGAGGAAUUAUCCUUCGCAAUAAGUGACAAAUCUGACGUGAAAGUGAAACAAAGCAAUUUGAACAUUUUGAACACAACCCACAGCUCAGUGCUAAGUGAAUAGACGGCGAAGCCAUAAGCUAUUUCCCUUAGCAGAGGUGCAAAAGAUCACAUUGCGUUUUUUAACAUGACAGGAAAGGAAAGGAGACACAGACAGACACUUGGGGCUUUUAACCAUGUUCACAUUAAAUGUAUAUCAUGUUACACUCGCUGGUUUUAAAAUGACGACGGUGAGUUGCAGGCCACUUUGCAACCUUCCUAGUAGAUAACCCAUACGACUUGGUGCUCCCUGAAACCAUUACUGCCACUACAGCCACAACACUUAAUCGCUCUUCUCAUACACUUCAUGACUAUCUCUGUGUGACUUCCAGAUAAGGCUACGGUUUAUAUUCUUCUCAUGCAAUACCUCUUCAGUCAUUUUUGAAUAUGAAUUCCUCGAAGUCCUGUUUUGUUGUGCCAAAUGAUUAAGCAGUAUUUUAUCUCCAAACUGUAAAAAGUGAAAAACUGGUGGGUAAAACGUCUGCAGCAUUAAUAAUAACAAUUUUUGAAGCCGCCAGAUACAGUUCUGGUCAUUUAAAAUUGUACAAACAACUUGUAAACACAUUAAUGAUCAAUCUCAUGCAGUAUAUGACCUGUGUUUAAACAAUACUUUUUUUAACCUUCUGUACAGUACACAUUAUUGUUUUGCUUACAUUUGUUGAAGUCUUUGUGCCACAAACAGACUAUGUGAUGUACAGCAUGUAUGUCUAUGUAUGAAUUCUUCCUGUAUUUCACAACUGUCUUCAGCCCUAGUGAGCUAUGGGCUGUAUUGAACUUUCACUUUUUAUUUUGCAGAAUAACUUAAACUGAUGACUGGAAUUCAGUGAUUUGCAAGAAAUUAGGGAAGUGCAUCGCACAGGAGCUGUUUCCCCAGACUGAAAAUUUUUCACGUUUUCCAUAAGUUUUUAUCACACCUGUGACCCAUAUAAAAAUAAAUUUUGACUCCCUAUUGACCCUCCUUCCUUUUUACUUCAAUGUUUUUUUAUAAAGCACAUUUU